AUGCCCUUCGACUCGGAUACGCCCUCGUCGAAAGGCAUUCCGAAUGGCGCCCUGACAGUACUCAUCAUCGCCGCCGUUGCCAUUGUGUCCGUCGUCAUCACGCUAUUCUGUAUGCUCGUUAACAACAGAAGAACCCGACGGACACAGCAUCGUUUUUUUCAGCGAAUGACGCUUACUGGAGGUCGGAAUUCCUUGUCAUCGAUGACGGAUCUACCAGUAAUUCCUGCGUUUCCUCGAGUAACCGAUCUUCCUAUGUACAUCACGCCAUCACACUAUGAUCCAAAAUUCGAUGCACCACCGUCAUACGAAGAAGCUGUGCGAUCUGCACCGACUAGUCCUGUAUCCAAUACAGUAAUCAUGUGGCACAAUCAUCGGCCUACUCGAUUGGAUAAGUACCUUCAUCAAUACAUAAAUAAACAGUUGACCAAAUAA